CUGCGCUGCAGACUCCACUUAUCCAAGACUUUUCACGAUCCUUCGCCUUCCAAAUCUCUCACGAUCAUCAACCAAUACUUCUACGAAAGAGAGUCUCUCCAGCAUUACCACGCCAAUUCCUCUUAUUCACUUAUGGCUACCGAACAGCCCCGCCACGACUCCUCCGGCAGCAAAGAUGAGGCCUUCACUGCCGUUUGCCACUGCGGUCGCGUUCGAGUUGAACUGCCUUCCAAACCCACCUCACUCCUCGAGUGCCACUGCACUGUCUGCUACAAAUACGGCGCUCUAUGGGCCUACUUUCAACGCAAUGAUGUGGUAGUGACAACGGCGAGCGAUACCACACUCCAAGCUUACAUCCGCGAGGACGCCGACUGCGGCCUUUCGUUCAAUCGGUGCGGCCACUGCGGAUGUAUGAUGUUCUGGCGUGGUGAAAGAACAUAUGCAGAAGGACCUUAUGCAGGGCUGGAGCACAAGAUGGGCGUGAACUGUCGUAUGUUGCCUAAAGGUGAGAUUGAGGGAAUUGCGAAGAGGGUUACCAAAGGACCUGGGAAUUAGAUCCGAAAAGUCUGAUGGAUUAUAUGAGUUUGAAUUCUAUGGGGCUUCGGUUUGGUUAACUUUUGGCGUCCUCUGUGUUAGUUGGUAUGAAUUGUGUAUCGAUCUUUUGGUUCAAGAAUCAAAAUACGAUCCGGACAUUCGUUUCGGGUUUCAAUUCGGGAGUCUUUCUCAUAUCUCCUUCUCAACUUCGGUGAUCUUUGUUGCUCAAAGGCUACUAUGUCUCACUUGCCCACAUCGAUUUCACCGAGAAAAGCAACAGCUAUAAAAGAUAUCAGAUGAAUGCAGAAAUACCAUUCGA